AUGUUAAAAUCAAUUACAAAAGUGGGAAUGCUUAGUUUAAAGAAUCAUUCUAUAUUAAUUAAGAAUAAUUUUUCAAAAAUGACUGAUUGCGGUAAAGUUUUUACACCAUUAAUUCCUGUUGAAAGAUAUCAUUAUGAAGGACAAAACAUGCUAAAAGAUUCCAUUAAAAUUGUUGAUGAAGAAGCUUUUGAAAUUAUGAAAAAUGAAAAAAAACGUCAACGUCGUGGUCUUGAAUUAAUUGCUUCUGAAAAUUUUACCACAAAAUCUGUUUAUGAUGCUUUAGGAUCAGCUAUGUCAAAUAAAUAUUCAGAAGGAUAUCCUGGAGCAAGAUAUUAUGGUGGUAAUGAAUUUAUUGAUAAAAUGGAGAUUCUUUGUCAAACUCGUGCUUUAAAAGUUUUUGGUUGUGAUCCAGAAAAAUGGGGUGUUAAUGUUCAGGCAUUAUCUGGAGCUCCAGCAAAUCUUGCCGUUUAUACAGGACUUUUGCAACCUAAUGAAAGAAUUAUGGGAUUAGAUUUACCUGAUGGUGGACAUCUUUCCCAUGGUUUUUAUACUCCUGCAAAAAAAGUUUCUGCAACUUCAAGUUUUUUCCAAUCACUACCAUAUAAGGUUAAUCCUAAGACAGGAUUAAUUGAUUAUGAUAGACUUGAAGAAAAUGCUUUACUUUUUAGACCAAAAAUUAUUGUAGCUGGAAUUAGUUGUUAUGCCAGACAUCUUGAUUAUCCACGUUUUAGAAAAAUCUGUGAUAAAGUUGGAGCUUAUUUAAUGGCUGAUAUGGCUCAUAUUUCUGGACUUGUGGCUGCUGGAUUGAUUCCAUCACCUUUUGAAUAUGCUGAUAUUGUAACAACAACAACACACAAAUCACUACGUGGACCCAGAGGUGCCUUAAUAUUUUAUCGUAAAGGAAUUCGUUCUGUCAAUGCAAAAGGAGUUGAAGUUAUGUAUGAUAUAGGACCAAAAAUUGAUUCUGCAGUUUUCCCAGGUCUUCAAGGUGGUCCACAUAAUCAUACUAUUGCUGGUAUUGCUGUUGCUUUAAAACAAUGUUUGUCUCAAGAAUUUGUUGAUUACUCUAAACAAGUGAUUAAAAAUUCAAAAGCUCUUGCAAAUAGAUUGAUGGAACUUGGUUAUGAUCUUGUAACUGGUGGAACUGAUAAUCAUUUAUGUCUUGUAGAUUUACGUCCAAAAAAUCUUGAAGGUGCACGUAUUGAAACAAUUCUUGAUAUGGCUCAUAUUGCUUGUAACAAAAAUACUUGCCCAGGUGAUCAAAGUGCAUUUAGACCAGGAGGUAUUAGACUUGGCACUCCAGCUUUAACUUCUCGUGGUUUUAAUGAGGAAGAUUUUAUUGUUGUUGCUAAUCUUAUUGAUGAAGCUAUUAAAGUAUACAUAAAAUAUCAAUCAGUUGCAGGAAAGACAAUGAAAGAUUUUAAAGAAUUUAUUUCUACUAACGAAGAUUUUAAAAAUGAUAUUACUAAUGUUGCUAACAAAGUCGAAAAUUUCACCGAAAAGUUUGACAUCCCCGGAAAUGAUGAAUGUUAA